UGCUGAAAAUAAAUUCUGAAGAGUGUUGUCAAUCAUGUUUCAAAUAUAUUAUGGUUAUUCCUGUUGUUCACAUAUAUUUAAUUUAAAAAUUACAGGAGGAGAUACCAAGGGAAAAAAUGACCUGAAGACAGUAAUACUUAAGGAGGUGGGUCAACAUAAAAAUGACCUGAAAGUCUCUGAGAUAGUGACGUUUGAAAGAGGGACAAAGAGCGUAGUCGAGCUCAAGGACUUAUUUACCAAUAAAUCUGGGUUUCUUAGUAGGUCCACAAAUGUGAGAACAGUACUGAUGAAAGGAGCUCCUGGUGUUGGUAAAACAUUCCAAACUAAAAUGUUCAUGACCAACUGGGCAAAAGGAAACUCCAACAAAGACAUAAAGGCUUUAGUGACCUUUGAUUUCAAAGACUUGAAUACAAAGAAGAAUGAAGAACAAAGCAUGGAAUCUCUGCUGGAUGAUUUCUUCAGAAAAAAAAAAGUUAAUGUUUCCAAAGAUAAGAAAAAGAUAUGUUUUAUUCUUGAUGGUCUGGAAGAAUAUGAACUUCCUCUUGACUUUGUACAAAACAAGGAGCUUAAAGACUUGAAGGAAGCAGCAUCAAUGGAUGUGCUGCUAACAAAUCUGAUCAAAAGAAAUCUGCUUCCUGAAGCUCAUAUUUGGAUCAUUUCUCAACCAAAAGGAGUUGAUAAGAUUCCUUCUGAAUAUAUUGACAAAACUGUUCAAUGUCAAGAAACCUAUGAGCAACGAAAGAAGUUAGAAUCACAUCUGAAAACUAGAUUUCUGAAAGAAAUCAAUGAUGAAAAAGAAGAAAUUAAUCAUCCAAACCAGGGGACAACAGAACAUAUCAUCAGGAGAGAAAAUGGCUCUAAAGAAGAGGAACAUAAGCAGAACACGUUUACAAAAGUGAAAUCUACUUCUGACAUCUUCAAAGAUGUUGAAGGAAAUCAAACUAGAAUCGUGUUGACCAUUGGAGAAGCUGGUAUAGGGAAAUCUUUUCACAUGCGAAAAUUUAUUAAAGAAUGGGCUAAAAAGGAAACUGAGAACAGGUCAUUUUUCACCAAGAUCAAAGAUGCCUUAUAUAGCCAGGCAAAACCUGUAGAACUUUUGUUUCUAAUUGACUUCUCAAAACUCAACUCAACAAAAAAUAAAAAAAUCAGUUUGUUUGAGCUUCUUAAUCACUUCUUUGAGGAGACCAAAAAUAUCAUCAUUUGUGACUAUUCCCAGUUAAAUAUUUUAUUUCUUUUGGAUGGAUUGGAUGCAUAUCAACAUUGUUUAGACUUUGAAAACAAUGACAUCUUGACUGAUGUCAGAGAAUCAACCUCAGUCGACGUGUUACUAACAAACCUUAUCAGAGGAAACCUGCUUCCAGAGGCCAAGGUCUGGAUAACCUCCCAGCCUCCAGCUGCUGAGAAAAUCCCUGAUGGCAUCAUUGACAGACUGACAGAAAUACGAGGUAAGAUCUGCAGAUGCUAA